CGAAGGAGCAAGGACGUCUUUUGGAAGAACGUAGUGUUCAGCUUCUUGAGGCAUCACAUUCUAAACGAAACUGGUGAGGUUCCUGAAGUAGAUAGCACUGCCCUUUGCACCACCCUCCCAUCUUGGGGUGGUGACGUCUAGUGCCCCCGCUGCGGCCCCUGUUUAGCGGUGGUGGUGGCGCCAUGCCGCUGCGGGUGGGCGCCUUACCUGGCCUGCUGGGCCUGCCCGGCCUGCAUGCCGGCCCCCCCGCCGUGCUGGCGCCUCAGCCGGGCUUCAUGCCGGUGGUGCCUCCGGAGACCAGGGCAGCGCUGCUGGCCAAGCUGGCCGCAAUGCCAGCGGCGGGGCAGGAAGACGAAAAGAAGCAGCUGACGGCACUGUUUGAGGACGGCGUGCGCACCGUGGAGGUUGCGGCGCAGCUGCUGGUCAAGGCCCUGCGCAAGACGGACAAGUACCUGCGCUUCUGGAGACAGCGCGCACAGGGUGAGGGCUCGUCCAAGCUGCGCUUCAUGCUGCUGGAGCGUGGCCCCUGGGCGUUUGGCGUGGGCGUGGUGGAGUACGUGCGGCGCGCUGUGCGGCGGGGCGGGGGCGGGGCCGCCGAGGAGCUGAGCCUGGAGCAGCAGGCGCUGCAGGGCAUCGUGCAGCGCUGCGAGCGCCUGACCGCCAUCCGGGACAGACUGGCCGCGCAGCUCGCGCAGGUGCACGCGAUUGGCGCCCGGCUGGUGGCCCAGGCGUCGGCGGGGGAGCUGCGGCGCGCACUCUCAGGGGCGCUAGCGGACCUCCUGGAUGCCUUGGAGCGCCUGCAGGGGGAAUACCCACAGCCGCAGGACUCCGUCCUCGGGCGGCCCCCUGCCUCCUCCUCCCCCUCCCCCUCGUUCCAGGUCAGUUUGCGGCCGCGCUCCGCGUCGUUGAAGGGCGGCCAGGUCACGGGUCGCGUGAUGGAGUGGCGCAGCGCGGUGCUGCAGAAGGCGCUGGCGUGCGCGCGCCAGGACCUGCUCGACCUGCACGCCUGCAUGGGCCACCUGCUGCGCCCGUAUCGGCCCCCCGGCCACCGCGAGCGGCUCUGGCUGCGCUACGGCGCGGGCGCCCUGGCCGCAUCCGCCGCGGGGGUGUGGCUGGUGCGGCACAGCGCGCUGGCGGGCAGCGACGACCUGGAGCGGUGGGGGCGCCAGCUGGCGGACAGCGUGGCCACCUUCUACAAGGAGCACGUCAGGGACCCCGUGACAUCCAUCGGCGGCGAGAUCUUCUCGACGUUCCACGAGCGGCCACGCUCUAUCGUGGAGCCUGCCGAGAUCAAGGCCAACGAGGACUCCCUCCGCAGGAUGCUGGAGGCCUUCUCGCAGGACAGCAAGGCGGAGCUGCCCACACCGCCGCCGCAGGCCAAGACGCAGGACCUCAUGGACGUGCUCAUGAAGAAGUACGAGGCGGAGCUGCUCCACCCGAUGCGCUCCAUCCUGAGUGGCGAGCUCGCGCGCGCCCUGCUUAUCCAGAUCCAGAAGCUGAAGCUGGACGUCCAGGUGGCCAUGCUGGAGCUGGACCAGGUGCUGCGCAGCAACGAGAUCAACUUCGGCGUCAUGGCCGCCCUCCCCGCGCUGCUGCUCGCCGCCGCCGUCCUCUACGCGCUGCGCCAGGCCACGCGGCCCAAGGACGAGUUGGGCACGGGGCGGGUGGCGCAGACGCGGCGGCGGCAGCUGUUGGCGGAAGCGGAGGGGGUCCUGCUAGAGGCGCUGCGAGACGAGGGCCGGGACGCGCAGGGCGGGAGCGGGGUGCGGCAAGGGCUGCUGCUGUUCGUGGUCCACCGGCUGUACCAGGCGGUGCAGCCGCACGCUGUCAAGAACGACGAGUGGAACAACCUACGAGGGGAUCUUCUGGCACUGGCCCAAGUAGAUGUGGGCUUCCGGCACAAGCUUAGAAUAACAAAACGGAUGUAUGUAGCAUACGAUUGUCUGACAACAAUACCAUUGCCGUUAUAGCCUAAGCUUAACUCAAGAACAACCGUCCAAGUGACGUCGCAUGCAAUUUGUCAGCUUGUUAGCCGAGAUAAGGAUAAAUUAUGGUCAAAAUAGAAUGACGAACGCUUCUUGUAAUCAAGGUGAUUGAAGCCGCAGAC